AUGGCAAUUAAAGAUCUUGAUUUAAAUCAUAUACAUCAUCCAUUAUUAAAUACAUGUCAUUUUGUUGCUUCGACUUUACAUUCGGAACAAGUAGUAACAUGGUAUUCAACACAACUUCGUCUUAUUCAAUUAAUUGAACGUUUUCCUCGUUUAAAACCAUUUUUAAUAGCAUUAAACAAAUAUGGUUUACAUUUAAAAGAUAUUCUUAGUGGAGAAAAAAAUGGAUUAGAUAUAUUUUUUGGUGAUGACGAAAUUGAACAAAGUUUUCAACAAACUAAAACUCUUAUCAGGGCAACUAAAAUACAACAAGUUUUUCAUACUAUUUGUCAAUAUUUAAAAUUACAAUAUGAAAAACAAACUAAAGACAAUUCAUUUGAAAAUUAUCGAAUACGUAUAUUUUGGUUAACUGAUAGUUUAUUAAUUGAUUUAUAUUAUGCAGAUUCUGAUCCAACACAACUUGCAAAUGCUCAACAAACAUUUAAUACACAUCUAACUAAUCAAACAAAAACUUUAUCUAUUAUUUAUGAUGAAACAAUUGAUUUAUAUGAUAGUAAAACAUUUGAACGAAUACCAUUCGAAUCAUUUGAUAUUAUAUUUUCUGCAAAUCAACUUCAAGGAAAUCAAGAUUUAAGAAAUUGUUUAAUUGAUCUUCGUUGCUUACUUGUUCCAAGUGGUCUUCUUUUAUUACUUGAAUUAGUUCAUUGGUCAUCAUCUGAUGAUGAUAAUAAUCGUGCAUUAAAUAAAAUUCAACAAUGGACAACAUUAGUAGAACAAAUCGAAGGAUUUUGUAUUAUUGAAUCAACAUUAAAUCAAAAUGAAAGUACGUUAGUUAUUAGUCAAAAAACAAUAUCAAAAGAAAUAUUAGAAACACUUGAUGAAAGAAAAAAUCAAGCAUGGUUAAUAUUUAUUACAGAUGAUAAUAAUAAUAUUCUAUCAUCAUUGUUACCAUGUUCAAAUAUUACAGUUUUUGAUAUUCAUAAUUCAACUUUAGAUAUUAUUUGUUUUGGAAUAUCAGUUCUAUUAACUACUUAUAAACAAGUAUCUAUUAUUUUUGCAUGGCAACUUGAUCAAACAUUAGUUAAUGAAAAUAAUGAUGAUGAUUUAGCAUUCAAACAAAAGGACGAACUUAUAUAUCAUGCUCAAUUUAAUAAUGAUUCAAAUCUUAAUUUAAUUGCAUCACCAUUUAUUGGUCUUGCACGAAGUUUAAUAACUGAAUAUGAACGACAUCGAUUACAACUUAUUGAUCUUCAAACAUCAUUAAAUAAUAAUAAUCAAUCAACAUUUAUUUAUACUUUAAUAGAAUAUAUGAUUAAUUCAAGAUAUUCAACUGAUACUUGUGAAGUUGUUCUUCGUCUUAAUCAUACAAAUCAAAAUCAAGUUCAACAUUUAACAUGGCAUUAUGAAAUGUUACAAAAAUCUGUUGAUGAUGAUAAUAAUAAUAAUAAUGAACAAGGAAAAUCUAAAUUAGAACAAAUUUCUAUUAUUUCUAAACGAGAUGCAGAUCGAAAACCAUUUCGUCUUUGUGUACCACAAUCUCGUUUUCUUUCUGAAUUAACAUGGAUCGAAGAAGAUAAAGAAAAAGAAUUAUUACGAUCAGAUAUGGUAGACUGA